GAUACUGGAGCCAAUGGACCGGCUGCUGGAGCCAGCAAAAGGGAAGCUUAAGAUCUCCCAGAAGAUGGAAGAAGGGAACACAUUAACAGCGUGGGCUCCAGCAGACAAGUACUACACUGCUUUGGUUACCGGGGACCUGGGUCAGCUUCAAGCUCUGACUGCCAAAUAUUAUGAAGAUGUCAAUGUGGUUUUUGAGAUCAAUAAGAAUGAGAUGGAAUGGCAGGUGAAAUCCUCAGUCACUUUUGGACUGUCAGGCCUGUGGUCCCUGGAGUACAAGAGGGAGCUCACGAAUCCCCUGUGCAUCGCUGCGAGCCACGGUCAUACGGAUUGCGUGAGGCACCUGCUCCAUGAGCAUGCCGACGCUGACGCCACCCCAGGCGGUACGAGCGCCCUGCACGAGGCCUGCCAGGCAGGUCACACAGACUGCACUCAGCUGCUGCUGGACCACCAGGCCAAUCCCAGCCUGCUGAGCUACGAGGGCUUCGCGCCCCUGCAUCUAUGCCGCUCCCACAACACCCUUGGAUGUGCCAGGAUCCUGGUGAAAUAUGGUGCUUUAGUAGACCAACCAAGCGAGGAGUCUCAGGAAACACCACUCCACACAGCAGCUGAGCAUGGCCUCCCUGAUCAUGUGCACCUGUACCUGAAGAAUGGGGCAAGUGUGGACCCCAAGAAUAGUCAUAAAGAGACACCACUCAGUGUGGCCUGUGGGCAAGCCAAAAAGCUGGAGGACCAAGCUCGCUAUUUACAGGUGUGCAAGUUACUGCUGCUCUAUGGGGCAGAUGUAAAUAGCAGGGAUGAAGAGGAGAAGAGCCCACUCCACAAGGCCAGCAAAAAUGCCAACCAUGGCUUGGUACAACUCCUGCUUAGGAACAAAGCUGACAUCAAUGCCAUAGACUACAACGGAGCCUCCCCCAUGGCUUGUGUCUUACAGAGCGCCUCCUUCAAGAGAGAGCUCAAGCCCCAUCAGACAGUACAAAUGCUCCUCAACUAUGGUUCCCAGAAGAUCUGGCCUGCAGCUUUUGAGAAGGUGCUGAAGUUGUGUGCCUCUACACCAGAGGUCAUUGAAAUCCUAUUCAAUUCCUACUCUCAAAACUGUGUGUCAGAGAAAUGGAGAGAGGCCAUUCCUAAAGAAAUAUUUCAGAUGCACCUGUCUUUUUACCAGUCAUUGUUUAUGCUGUCCUGUACCACGCGAGGUCUACAACAUUUAUGCCGAUGUGCCAUUCGGAAACAGCUUGGUAGUAAAUGCUACGAUCUGAUCCCUCUGUUACCAGUGCCUAAGUCUCUCCAAAGCUUCCUGCUAUUGGAGCCAAAGGGGAUAGUGUUUUGAAGAGUCACCAGAAAUGAGUAUAUUUAACACUUUCCAAAUAGAGCUAAAAAGCAUGCCUUAGUCUUCAUGGCUAAGACUUUAUUCCCCCUAUUCCUUAGAUUUUGUAUAUUGUGGUGUCUCCCAAACCAAAGUUAGCAGAUGAAGCAGUAAGGAAACACUACACCAGUUGUCAUUCAGAAAAAACCUAAUCUAAAAACCCUAAAGACAGUGUGAUUCCUGGAUGGAUCAGACUUCAACAGUAAAGGAACUUCCAAGAACAAAACAAACACAAUCCCUUAAAGUGAUCCCAAUAUUAAAGCUAGGUUCUAAAACACUCAACUCACCCAAUUAUCACUGAAGCCGAUCCAAGACUCAGUUCCAAGAACAUGAAGACACACUGCUGGGUCCUACAGUGGCUGAUCUCAGCCCACUACUGAGACCUCCACCUUAUUGACUGUUUCUCCUUUUCUAGCCAAGCAUUUACACCCACCUCAUUCUACCACACUACUCUUAACAAAAAAAUCUUGAAUGUCUGCUGACUCCUUAGUGCCCCCAGCUGCUCAUUAAAUUCUCAAUAGAAUCAAGACUUUCAUUAAGAACACCUGAUUACUCUGCCUGCAGCAAGAUUAGAACCACAUGCUUCAAAUUUCCCCUGAACAAGCCAGGUCUAGAAGACCUGAGACCUGUUUUAACUUCCCACCACCCAAUUUCUGAGAGACUUCGGAUUCUUCCAAAUGUGUUUCAGCUUCUUCACUCUGGGUUGGUUGUCAGUGUUAAAGACAAGUGGACCUUCUCCAAUGUCAGUAUGGCAUCAGACCAAUGUCUCAUCCAACACAGGAUUCAAUCUCCAACAAGGGCACUGUUUGGUGCCAGCGCAUGGCUUAUUCCUAGGGAGUCACAGAUCAAAGAGGCCCUCCCAGGGUUACAUUGUUUCCACCAAUUGGUGUUUCCAGGCUGAGGCUUGUCCCUGGCUUAUAUUCCUGAAUUCCAGGGGUGUUCAAGAGACAAAAACUGCCCUAAAGUAAAGCAGGGCUGGAGCAAGUCAGUCAGGGUAAGGCUCAGUCUAGAGGAAUGAGCCAUCAUUCAAGCAAUCAAUCAAUCAAUCAGUGGUAAUCACUGUACUUCAUGCCCCUGUAGGAAGGGAAGAAAGAAUAUGAGUAGUGCUGCACAAGCCAUUAGCACUCCAAUCAAUUCCUUUGCAGAGAUUCUCACUGAAGCUCAUCAGUCAAUCAAUCAAUAGCCCUUAUUGAGGUCUUACUAUAUGCAGAGUACUGUACUAAG